AUGCCAUCUGCUAAAACCGUUCGUCCAAGUCCAACGGACCUAUCGCGACCAGGAUCUUCCAAGCGUAUUCGACUGUCUCAUACUCUACCUAGUUGUACCAAGAAGAAGCAAACAAUCAAGUCGACAAUGACAUGUCUUCAACCGACUGAACUAGUAAUUUUGGCACCAGCUACGGCUGCUACAUGUAAAGUUCCCAAGUUUUUACGCUCAUUGUAUGCAAUUUUACAGACAGAAGAUCCACACAUUAUUUCAUGGGUUCAAAAUCAAGCAUUAACGCCCAAUUGUGUCACUGCUUUUCAUAUUCUUGAAAUGGCGCGUUUUGAAUGUGAAAUUUUGCCAAAAUAUUUUAAACAUCAGAAAUUUGCCAGUUUUCAGCGUCAAUUGAACAAUUUUGGCUUUCGCAAGUGGACAAAAACACAAUCCAGUGGUGUUUGUACAUUUAGUCACAAUUGUUUUCCACCUGAUUUUUCACGUGGAAAAGGCUCAAAAUUAUCGAUUCGAGAUCAAUGGCGACAGAAAAGUACGCACGUGAUUCCAUCAAUAAUUUCUGGAUUCAAUCGACAAUCGAUGAAACGACGUAGUAAUGACAAGGAAAAGAGUAAAGAAGAAGAGACUGUAUCAAGUUCGAGCGUAUGUCGACGUUCAAUGAAUGUGCAAGUAUCACAUUGUGAUGAUGUGAUGGACAAGAAUGAUGUUUUACCAUUGGUUGAAAUGUAUCAAAGUCCGAACUUCAAUGCUACUAUGGAGAGCAAAACCUUCCGUCAUAGUCAGUGUCAUCAACCUCCUUUGAAGAAAUGGGCACGAUCCAAUCUUGCCAUGAAGCAUGACACAUCGGAUUCACUUGCUUGUGGUUUGGAAGCUUUUUGUGAUGAUGCUUUCAAGCAGUUUACGCUGCCACUGCUUCAGCCACAUCGUCUUGUGGUAGCUACUGGUACCAAAAGGAAGAUGACAGCACCUGCCUUGUCGACUCCUGCUGUCUCGAACCACAACGACUUGGAGAGUGCACGAACUUCGUCUGGUUUUCGGUUGUCAUUGCCUCCGAUGCUAAAUAACAACAGCAGCACGUCGACCACUUUUGCAGAUUUGAGUCUGAGUAACAACGGACUCAAGCCAUUUGAUCUGAAACACAAUGAAGCUCAAGCUCUGCCGUUCCCAUCAAUUGGUAGCCAAUAUAGCAGGAACAAUGGUGCUGCUGAUGCUGCUGCGUUGCAGGGAGCUUUCUUAGAGCCGUGGAUGUGGGAUGCGCAGACGUCAUCGUCGAACUUGGAGCUGGGUUCGUUCCCGCUUGAGUUUGACUGUAAGAACGAUUUUGACUGCAAGGCUGAGUUUGAUUGGCAAGAGGGUUCAAGUGCGACCAACUACGAAGAUAUAUCGUCCACGGCUCGGAGUAUUGGCAUAUUGAAGAAAGAACCAUCCUAUCAGCAGGAUGGUGGUGCGUCUUUUCCUAACGCUGAAGAAGUUGGUUUGGAUAUAUUGCUCUUUGUCGAGUAA